GAAGGGAUGUUAGUUGAGCUCAAGUUUCUUAAGCGUCAAGACUUAGUCAACGUUUUGGCCGAUUAUUUCAAGCCCUCCACCGAUCAGAUCCAAAUAAGAGUGACUUUAAAUGUGGACGCAAUGGACAGCUAUGUCUUCUGCAUCGCCAGCAAAAAGAGUGCCCAAAGACUGGCCAAAGAGAUGAAUGAUAUUAAUACAUUUUGUCCGGAGAAGAAGUCGCCGGAAAAGUACGGAGUAAUGGGCGAUAAGUUUGUGUUACUCAACGAAAUAGGAGAAGCGGCCGGUGUUCUGCUCGACGCCAAAGUCAUUUCACUACUUAAGAAAUAUGAGGAAUGCAUUGAUUUCAUACAUUUCACGGAUCAAUAUUCCGGAUACAGAUUAGCCGAAGACACUCAACCCAUUAAACUUCCAGACGUUAAGCGAAUGUUAAUUUUUGCCUUCAAUUUCCCGAGCAAUAGUAGCAAAAACCUGGAUGAGAUUGAAUCGAUGAAACCAUUGCUUCAACUGGUCUUCUACUCGAUCGACAAAGUGAAGAGAUUUCGUCUGUCAAGAGAAGGCAAACUGAAAGCCGAACGCAAUCGACAGCGCGUGGAGGAGAUGUUCCUGAAGACAACACACGCCCAGAGGCAAGAAGUGGCACAACUCAAGAGAGAGGAGAGACGACGGGUCGAGAAGGAGAAGAUGCUCAACGAAGAGGAUCCCGAAAAGCAGAGGAAAUGGGAGGAAAAGGAGUACAAACGGGAGCUCAAGAGAAAGACACCCAAAAUGAAACAAUUGAAGGUUAAGGCCAUGUAAUGGGAGACAACUCGAUG